UGGUGGACGAUAAUCAAGAGGGCGACUAUCGUAACAACAGAGGGCGCCUGUCUUCCUCACGCCGCGGGUACCCGUUGCACCUUUAAUCAUUGCGAAUGCGAGAAGCACCGUAACGGGACCAGUGAAAAAGCAGACGAUACAGAAAUGGCGCAGACUUCAAGUUUAGUCGAAGAAGAGGCCAAGAAAUUAAUCCAGAAAUUGAUGGGUUUCAAAGAUUCCAGUGAUGAGAAUUUCCGUCGGUCAUUGCAGUUUGUUCUGUCAAACUUCAAGUUCCAUCGGUAUUUGGACGUUGACAGUCACAAAAUUAACAGCAAGCUGCAAGGCCUCCUCCAGAAGUUUGAGAUUCACUCCCAGCUUGAGAAGGCAGAGUCCCUUCGGAAGUUGACCGACAACUUUCUUCAACUUCCUCUGUCCCCGAAAAACCAAGAUGCAAAGACAGAUAUCCAUUAUUCCAUCUUGUCAGUCCUGUUGAGUCUGUCCGACAGGCCAGUGAAUGUGGCUUAUACCGAAACACUGCGUGUGCCCAAACGUGAAGCAGGGGAUGGUUUUGACUGGGGAGCGUUCCUUCAGGAGGGCUUGGCUCCUAUCCCAAAUUUUGGUGAUUCUUCAUCGGACGAAUGGUCAGAUGAAGAAGUCCUGGAUGACUCCGCUAUUCAAGCAGACCAAUCAGAAACCAGCCCUGCACCUGCGCGGCAUCCGAUUGGACGGGCCGUUUCAGGGCGUCCAAUCAGAAGCCACGAUCUCGGAGAGGAGCAUCAUGGGAGGAGCUGGCUCCGGAGAAACGUCGUUGUGCAAUAUUGGGAAGGGGAAAGAGACAGUGCUGCCCAGGGUGCACACAGCGCAGCUUCAAUGGCCAGCACAUGGAGAGCCUACGAGCAGCAUCGUGACCCGUUCCCUUCCGUCGAAGAAAAAUACACGCUGACAGAGAUGCACAUCAUACGGGAAACCAUUUGGGUGUUGAUGGGUGCUGAGAACUCCUUUGUGUAUCAACUACAAGACGGCAAAUUCACAUCCAGGCAAGAUAUACAGGUUUCACAUCUAACCCCACAAGCACUGCACAGAUUUACAUCCAGACUUGCUGAGAUAUGCACAAACACCUGUGUCUUACAAUCGUUUGUGGAUUCCAUCAGAACGACACCAAUGGGGUACAUAAACGCCAAAGAAUCAUCAUCAGAAGGACAAAGCAAAAUGAGGGGCCAGACUUUUGAGAGCUUUGCCGAAGCCCUGUCCGUCAUACUGUGGGAGUUCCGGAGGAAACUCACCGCAUGGGAGAGAGAAAUCUCAAAGCAAGAAUCAAGCUUGACAUUGUCCCAGUUUGCCGCCGAACUGGAACCCUGGGCUGGUAAGCUUUCCCUGCUGACCCAUGUCUACGAAGCAGGAAUUGCCAUGGGCCAGACAGGAAGCUGUGCUCAGAGCACCUGGCUCCUGCUGACGGCGCUGCAGGGGACCAUUGAGGCCGAGUACCAACAGGGGAUGCACCGGGAAGAGAAUGUACUGAUGCUGUUAAGAGUGUGGUUGGUCACGAUCCGCCCUUACAUUCAGUUCCUUGACAACUGGUUGUCUGGCCACCCACUAUAUGACCCAGCGCAGGAGUUUGUAAUUCAAAGAAAUCCAGAAAUAAUCAUCAAAUCACACGAUUUUUGGGAGAAGGCUUUCACCCUCCACCGUUUCACACCCCCGAAUAAACUUGGUGCCGCCCAGCCCCAUCAUUCCGGCGCGCAGCAGUCAGGACCAGACCAAAGACGGAAGGAGGGAGGAGAGAAGGUGGCUGUGCCCUCAUUCCUUCAGCCGGUCUUGAAGCAGAUACUUCUCGCCGGUAAAUGCAUGGAACUUCUCGAGAGCAUGGGUCAGCUUCCUCUAGUCUGGAGAAAAUAUCACCCAGAGAAAAGUUCCGUCUACGACAAAUUUUCCACGUCGGUCAAGAAUCGUCUCCACAGCUCAUCAGCGGAGGUGACUGACGGAAAAGUCGCAGCGUCAAAUUCUCAGCCAGAGAGCGACCAGUCGCCAGCCCUUGUCCCCCUGAAUGAGCUGCAGAAGCUCGGAGUCCGGGACCCUCUGAUGGCGCACAACUUUCGAGACCUGUUCACCGAGCUGGAGUAUUUCAAUUCGGAGACUGAAACUGAAGACACAAGCUGGUCUUCGCUUCCAGACUUCAGUCUCGGUCACCCAAGCCCCAUGAAGCCCCUGAAACUGUUACUGCACAGAUGUCUCUACCCGCUGCUGAUGGCCAAGUGCCAAACCAUCUGCGAGGAAAUAGUGGUAGCCUUGAAGAAAGACUACCACCUGAUGGAGAUGUUUGCCUCCAUGAGGAAAUUUUAUUUGUGUGAGGCCGGCGACACCAUGUUCGACUUCCUGUCGGACCUGUUUGACAAGCUGAGGUCAUGCCAACAUGAGAGCCAAUGGCAGGACACGCUCUACCUCAACUACCAGCUGCAGACGGCUGUCAGCACCAGAUAUCCUGCCGACGCAGACAGACUGACCGUAAGCUUUGAGCCAGUGAGUGUGCCCUCUGCUGUCUCAAUGCAACCAAUCCACGCUUUGGACGGACUAACACUUCACUAUAAGGUCCCGUGGCCGCUUGAUAUCAUCAUCAAUUCUGAGACCAUUGCAAGCUACAAUCAAGUCUUCAGGUUCCUACUUCAGGUCAAGAGGGCCAAGUACUGUCUGGACCAACUCCGAUUCAGCUCCAUCAGCCGUUCUUCAUCCCCAACAUUGCCAGCUGAGCCAGAGGGUCAAAGAGCAGGGGUCAAAGGUGACUCUACCCUGACCCCCAGGCAGCCCCCACUCCCCAAGGCACAGCUACUGCACAGAGUCUAUCUGCUGCGCUACAAGCUGAUCCACUUUGUGAACGCCGUCCAUAGCUACCUGAUGUCCAGAAUCCUUCACAGUACUGGUUUGGAGUUCCAGUCUGAUAUCGACAAGGCGCCCGAUCUGGAAGCCAUCUUAGACGUCCACGCCAACUACCUAGACAAGGUCUGGGAACGCUGCCUGCUGCACAAGAAGGUGGGCCUGGUGCGGGAGGCUGUCAUCAAGGCCCUAAAUCUUGCCCUAGUCUUCCAGAGACGCUGGGAUGCUGGACUGACAGCUUUCAGCGCCGAGAGAAUCGAGCAGAUGCUGAGCGAAUUCAACAAAUGCAGCACGUUCCUCCUGACCAUGCUGAACAACAUCAACAAACGGGGAGCCUUCCCCCACUUGGAAGCCCUUGCUUUGUCCCUCACCCAAUCACACGAGGAGUCGUCAAGCUCGAGACCCGAAGAGGGGCUGCAAACCACAUGACACUACAGAGGGCGCUUUUCAUGACCCUUGAGGGUGCAACCCAGUAAAUCGGCCCAAAAUCUGUUUGCCGAGCUCAUGAAUUAAAGUUAUACACUCAAAUUAUUCUAUAUUAGAGAGUUUUGAGAGCCAUGGAAUUGGGGAAUUGAAGACACAUGGCACUACACCUCUGGCCUGGACUUGCGGCUUCUAAUUCUGAGAUGCGGUUGGGUCCGAAAGUGGUGCUAUAUAGCCAUGUUGUGGAGGGAUCCUUUUUCAAAAUGGCAACUUUUCCAGUUUGGAAAAUAUCAUUCG